AUGAAGUCAUCGCUCUUGCUUCUCGGUCUUCCUGUGGCCUCGGCUGCCGUGGCUCCUCGUCAAAACUACUUUAGCUUUGGCAACUACUUUUCGACAGGCGCGGUCGCAAGCAAUUCAUGGAUUCGUCAGGCGACUACAACCCUGAUCCUGCCAGCCCUCAACAGUCCUCACAACGGUAAUCUGGGCUUGUGGCCAGGCAUGGGCACCAAGUUUGACUCAGGCGCAGAUGGGCAUCUCAUCCAAGGUCUUGCCAUCUCGACUGUUGGUUUUGGAUCUCCAUGCAACCUUGCUGCCAAUGAAAACAAGUGGUGCGUGGUUGCAAGCACAUAUGACGGGGGUCAAACUCAUGGUACUACGCCAUACCGAGCAAAUCCCGGCGACCGUGUUACAUAUGACUACAAGUAUAAUGAUGCCACGUCUAAAUUCGACCAGACAGUAUCGGUGAACGGCAAUGUAGUGUCUACUUUGUCCACAGCGAGCGGUCACGGUGCAGGUUGGGGAACAGCAAUGGAGUGCCAACAGGUGAACUGUGGAACCGUCCCCUUGCACCAUUAUGUGGACACGAAGAUCAUCAUGAAUACUGCCGAUCCAAACUACUCUCGGACCGUUGCGACCCUUGGUGCCUCCGGUAACCUGGUUACUGCAGACGGUGGGAAGACUUGGACUGCCGCUGAUAUUACUAUUCAGCAAUAUACAUUCACUUGA